UUUCGAACAGGGUUUUAGAUAACAAAUUUCGCUUUUAACUCAGCAUGUUUUAGCAUUAUAAUAUUGUAGUAUAGGAACAUGGGUAAAACAUUGUCGUUGCUUAUUUUAAGUGGAACAAAAAUAGAAGGACACAGUGCAGAUCAAGUGUACCAAUCAAAUUUGGACUAUGCGAAAAUAUUUGUCAAGCGUUAUGAGGCAGCAUACAUGUGGUUUUACUUACAAAAAGUAAAUCGCGAAUACAGUGGAAAAGAUGGAUGUCAGAAAUGGCAGCUGCGACAAAGAAAUUGGCAAAGUUAUAACAGACCAAUUAAGCAGGGCAGCUUAUACGUAUUAUCAAAGAACACUGGCAAAAAAUGGAAGCAGUUAUACUGCGUGUUACACUCAAAUUAUACACUGGAAUUUUACAAGUCAAAAGAGGAUUAUGAGCAAAGUAAUGGUCAACUAUUCAAUGCUAAAUACAGUGGAUAUAAAGUCCUUACAGACGUGGACACUUAUCUGCAUAAGAAACUAGAAAUUUCAUGUUGUGAAUUUGGUUAUGUCAACCAAGACCUUGUUGCGUUUUCUCGCAAAGUCACUAUGAUUGGACGGGCCGGAAAAAGGCCGACUCAGCAUAUUUUUUCGGCGAGUCACACUUGGCGAGCGACUACGUACUUUGCAGCUGAAACUGCGAUCGAAAAAGAAAGCUGGGUGCGCGUUUUAAGGGACGCCAUUCGCCACUUAGAAGGGGUUCACAAUAAGGACGAAGUGGGAAAUGACGCGUUCAUGUUCGCGAUAGAACAAUCCAUAAGGUUACAAGAGUUUGCCGUUGACCGUUCUUUACUAUCUGGUACACAAGAAGAGAUUCUUGCAGACAUGAUGAUAGAAAUACAAUCUCAAGAUUGUAAAGUAGUUUUGCUGCCCCAUAUUACUGGAGGAUUAGUUACUAAGUAUAAAACAUGGAACUUUAUCAUGUUCGAGACUUAUAAAUGGAUGAAGAAAAUAAUUGGUUUGGAAUAUACACAACAGCGCUUGGAAGCAGAAAUAAGAUGCAAAGAACAACGCGUUAACAUGAUAGCAAAAAUGCCAGAAAUUUUUGACACUUAUGAAAACUGUGCAAAAGCUAUUGAAGGUGAAUUAGUUGAGUGCUUUGACUCUGUGUUAAAAAGUGAAAUUCUACCCCAUGUUCCAAGAGUUAUAUCAACUUUGUAUGAUUCUCUAAUGGGCCCUAUUCGUGGAGCGCGGGAAUUAUUUGUUACUUUGGUUGAAGGUGUUGUGAGGAAAAUUUCAACGUCGUCGCCCGAUUUUGUGAACAAUAUCGACCAAUAUUUUCUAUCUACACUUGACUACGCCCCAAGAAACCCAGAAUUCAUGCAUCCCACUUCAAACACAAAUAUGAUUGCACUGUCUCAAAUUCAAGCUGUUUUCCCAGAGUCAAAUCUUACUCCAUUUUUGCUGAGUAUAUACACACACCAACAAAAACUAUUAGAUUCUGCCAUAUGUACAUUUGAGGCUUUGUGUGGGGAUGCUGUCACUGUAGGAAACGGAAAACUGACCAAAUCUCUGGUAACCAAAAUACAAGCCAGAGUUUUAAAGAAACUUGAUUUUGAUAUUCUUUUGGCACAAAAGAGAUUAUUCCGAUCAGUUAUUCAGUCAGCUACCAUGGAACAUACUCGAGCUGCUAUAGAACAUGCAUGCAAAGGGAAAAUGUCCGGGUUUGAAUAUUUGAUCGAUCCGUCUCUUUCCACAUUUAUGCCGAUUAAUAAUGUCUUUACCAGCGUGCUGACUAAGCAUUUUAAUGACCUCUUUGAGCCAGUGUUAAAAUCCAGUUUAAAGGCGCUGAACAUGUCCAAAGCUUGCCGUUCAUCAAGUCAGUAUAGUCCCAUAUCAUCAUGUAUUACAGACGAAGACACUAAACCUUCACCAGCAGUUAUAAAAAGGACCUCCCAAGAAGUAUUUGAAGAUCUGCCCGUAUUUUCUGAUGUCAUGGACGGAGAGACAGGAGAAGCGUUUACUCCUGAUUAUAAGGAAGAAACAGGCGAAGAGCAAAGAGUAGGAGGAUUUGAAUAUAAUAAAGAAACAAAGGAAGAAGUGAGAGAGAAGAGAAAUGAGAAUUUUGAGGAUAAUGGUUCUCCUGAUAGCGGAAUUUUAACGAUUUCAACUCUAAAUGGCGAAGAAAAUGUUACGAGCGCAAAUUUCGAUUUCGAAAUACCGGAAAAAGUUGAAAAUGAAGUCGCAUUAACAGAAAAUGAGUUAGAAGCCAUGGAAGUUUUGGGCAACGAGCAUAAAGAUCAUAUUUCAACUUCCGAAACUUUAGGAGAUGUUUUAGUUAAUGGAGAGAAUGAUUUUAGGUGCGCUGGAAAUGGUUUUGUGGAAAAUGUUAAUUUAAUGUAUGAUGAACAAGGGGAAUUAAUACAUAUGGAUUCGUGAGCGUUUAAAUGGACCCCAUGCUGUGCCAAGCUGCCCAAUUUUUUUUAUCGCAAAACUUUUAAGUAUAUUGCAGUGUUUUUGUGGUACAGUGGUUAUUACACCUGCCUCUAGCCAAGAGGGCACAGGUUCAAAACUCGAUGCUGCUACCAUUGUGGGUGUAUGUGUUUAAAAAAAUUUAAAAAUUGCUGCGAAAAAAUAGUUACCAAAAAACUACAUACAUGGUAAUUUGUAAGUGGGCACGAGGUGUAUGAAACAGAACACCAGUGUUAUAACGUCUGUCAUUACCCUGCCAUAUGAAGAUAAAUAUGUUACAUUCAUUCAUUCCAUAAAUUUUUUCUGGCAUAGCAUAUUGUCGGAACAGCAGCACCGAGAUUUGAACCAAGUACCUUUUGCUUUUAAACAGUUUUUACAUGACAUACCAGUUACACAUUUUAAAAGCUUGCUUGUUGUAUUUAAAACUGUGACAAAAUGAGAUUUCCGUGAGCCAUUCUUAAUGUUAAUGCCUUUUUUCCAUGCAUUUCUCUUGACUAUUGUUUUUGUAUUGGUUUGUGAUUAUUACAUAUUGCGCAAUGUUAUUGAAAUGUAUUAUUUUGAGACUUGGCCUGUUAUAUUUUGCCUUGGGCACUAAAUGAACUCAAGACUAUGACGCGAAUCUGUGAACUUGUCGGUUUUGUGACGUCACAAUGGCGCAAAUAGCGUCUAAAACAAAAUCGUACAAAAAACGUUUUUCCGACGUUUUUUUACAGAUCAUUUCUCUUCGAAUACGAUAGCAAAGAUCAAAUUAAUUAAAACAGUGAAGAGAAGGGAAUUAGCAGCGGACGACAGUCGUUAAAACACGCUAAAAAACGUUAAAAAAGCGUGACUGCUAAACCCACAAAACAAUUACAUAUGUGGUAACUCGUAAGCUGACAUAAGGUGUAGGAAACAGAACACCAAUGUUAUAACGACUGUAGUUGCCUUGCCACGUGAGGAUAAACAAGUUACAUGUUUUUAGAGACUCUACACAUUCACAAACACCGAGAAUGUGUCAACAACAAAGAACAAUGCACCUAUUUCCCCACAGUUUACAACAACCUGAUAUAAAA